CAUAUGUCUCGGCGGAGGGCUGAAAGUUGGGGUUUUUUUAUUUAGACUAUUUCUUUCGGGGUGCCUCCCCCCCUUUUAUCCAGAGAGGGGAGAUUCUGGACUUCCUGGUGUGUGAGGCACGAUUAUUCCAGUUCUCAAGACACAACAAGCACCGGUACCCCAAGGGUCUACCGUUUGAGCUAACCCCUUCCAGUUGCGUCCACCACCACCACCACCUCCAGCUGCGGGAUUGGUAUCAUAGGAUAGCGCUACUAUACCGGUACUUGUACGAUAGCAAUCGUACCGUACUAGACAAUAUACACCCUCCACCCCCCAUCGUCGUCUCUCCAUCAAAAAACCAACUCCCCCCCACCGGAAAAAACCCCGCCAAAAAAUGGCAGCGAGACGUUAUAUCCUCCUCCUCGGCACCAUCUCCAUAAUAAGCCUAACCUUCAACUUCCUCCUUCCCACAAAUCUGACGCCGCAAAAAGCGCGGAAGCUCUCGCUCCCAAACCUAAAGUCCGAGAUCAAACAGCACGCGCCGAGCGGCUUGAACCUCUUCAAGCCGGCAACGCACAAGCCGCCACCGCCGUCGAAUUCCACGGCAUCCAGCGAGGGCUGGUUCUCCAGCUGGAAGUGGCUCAAUCCCUUUAGCAGUAACAUUGCUAAGAACGAGGAGAGGAGUGCGCUGCCGCCGCUGGAGAAGAGGUGUCCUGUUUAUACCUUCUUCGAUGAUAGCAACGCGAAGGAGGAUAGGGUGUUGUUAGCGUGGAGGCGGGCGUUCUGGGCGCAGGGCUUUAGGCCGUUGGUGCUUGGGAGGGCGGAGGCGGAGGAGCAUGGGCUUUAUAGGCUUGUCAGGGGGAGGUUUAACGAGGGGUUUGAGAGGGAGGUUAUGAAGUGGUUGGCCUGGGGGAGGGUUGGGACGGGGGGAGCUUUGGUGGAUUAUAGGAUCAUACCGAUGGCCUCCCGCGACGACUACGGACUCACUGCCCUCCGUCGCUGUGAAUUUGACGGCGUGACCAGGUACGAAGGCUGGGGAAACCGUCUGUUCGCCGGCGACAAGUCCUCAAUCGACACCUUCCUAAAGCAUAUCACCGACACCGCAACCAACAACACUUCAUCCAUCGAAGAAAUCUCAGAGACCGCCCCAGAAGGCCUAAUCCGCAUCGAACCCCACCCCCGCUCCUUCGCCGACUACACCCCAUCAGUGGUAGCGGACCGCUGGCCAGACCUGAGCGCCACCCAACUCCCCGACCUCAUAAACUCGCACCUGCACGAAACCUUCCUGUCAAUCUACAACGCUAGCAUAACCCUCCUCUCUCCAUUACCCAUCGAACUCCAACCGGCCUACGCGGCCAUAACAACCCUAGCGGCUCGCCUCUCCCUCUGCCCACCCGGAAACCCAAUCCCGGGCUCCUGCCCAUCCAACCGCCCCUGCAACUUCUGCAAGAACCCCCCCGUGGCAGUCAAACCCUUCAUCUCUAAGGACCCCUCCACCUUCCUCCUCGCCGCCGUGCCGCAUCCGUACACCUACUACGCGCUGAUGGACACGACCUUUAGUCUAUCGGAAAACACCCAACGCAGCAUCCGCUACGUGCGCGUUCAGACGCGGGAUCGAGACGCAUGGCUACACAAGGCCACCACGCCCCCGCUGGACAAGGCUGUGGGCCCCGGCACCCGCGUCGUCGCCAUCAAGGAGAUCGUCGCCGCCCACGCUGGGGCGAACUUCUCGAGUCUGUGGGUCUCGGCUGAGGCGCCCGUCCUCGAGGAGGAGAUCCCGUGGAUAUUCGGAUUCACGCUCGCCUCCGAGGCCGAGUUGAAGAUUGAAAAGCCGGCCGGGGACGAGCGUAGGAAUGUCGUGUUUCGGAAGACGGUUGGUGAGGUGCUUGGCGGGAAGGUGGGGAAAAUGGAGGAAGACAAGAAGGUUGCUAGGAUUAGGUGGGCUGUUGAGGCGUGGAAUUUGGGAAGCGCUGAGGUGUGGAAGUUCACGGGCGCAUUUGUCGAGAGGAUGGUACAGGAGAGGAAAGAGUGGAGUGCUAGUGAGAAGGAGUUUGGGAGGGGGUUGAGUGGGGAAGAGGUGGAGGGGGACUAG